AUUUUGUUUAACCAGCCUGUCUUGUCUCAAAGAAUUUUUCACCGAAAAAAACCUUGUGUCUUGUUUUCUUUUGCAAAUUCGCUGUAUAAAACGCACGAGGAAUGUGCCAAGUUGUUGGUAAAUAACAUUUACUUUUUAGUUCGACCCAUUUAAUUGCGAAUUAUGUCGUCCAUUAUCACGCGCAAGGAUGGCGACGUCGACGACCAGAAGUUGUCCAAAAAGCGCGCUGCCGCCUCAGAUUCCGGAGGCGGGAGUGGCGCCAUCGAAGCGCCCAAGAAAUCCCGCUUCGAUGUCCUGGAAAAAAAUGGCGGUGGUGACCAGAAAGAGGAUGCGGCCAUGUCCGCCUCGCUGAGUUCCACGCAGAUCAAGCUAAUGAUGGCCCAUGCCCAGAGAGAGAUCGAGGAACGCAAGCGGGCCCUGAGCAAUCUGCGCGACAAGGAUCCCCUGCUGGCAUCCGUUCCCUCGAUUGGAAUGCCCGUUGCCCUGGCCACCCAGGCGCUGUCCAAGAAACCCACGCCCGAGGACUCUGAGAAGGCCAGAAAGAUAGCCGAAUUGCAGGCGCAGAUCAGGGCCAAGCUCACCGGCAAUUUGGCAAACUUGAUUCAACCAAAUGCAGUGGCAGCCGCCGCAGCAGCUGCUGCACAGGCACAGGAGCGACCCAAGCCCCUGAUCCUGGACGAGGAGGGACGCACUGUGGACAAGAGCGGAAGAACCAUCAACAUACCCACGGUGACACCCACUCUAAAGGCCAACAUACGCGCCAAGAAGCGCGAGGUUUUCCAGCGCCAAACUGGCUUGGGUGAACGCAGUGAAUCCGGCACUUCUGCGCAAGAGGAGGCCAUCAAGUACUUUGACGAUCGCAUAGCCCAGAAGCCCACGGUGAGGAACAAGAGGACACUGCGGUUCCAUGAGCCCGGCAAGUUUCAGCAGCUGGCCGAACGGAUGCGAAUGAAGAGCCAGUUAGAACGGCUGCAGAACGAGAUUUCGCAAAUAGCCCGAAAAACGGGGAUCUCGUCGGCCACCAAGCUGGCGUUGAUUGCUCCGAAGCAGGACAUGCCCGACGAUGUGCCCGCCAUGGAGUGGUGGGACUCAGUCAUACUCACCCAGGACCUGGAGACUCUAGACGAGGAGAGCGGUAAGAUAAGCAUUCGCCAGACGGCCAUUAGCAACCUCAUAGAGCAUCCCACACAAAUGAAGCCACCAAAUGAGCCCAUGAAGCCGGUGUAUCUGCCCGUAUUCCUUACCAAGAAGGAGCGCAAGAAGCUGCGUCGCCAGAACCGUCGCGAGGCCUGGAAGGAGGAGCAGGAGAAGAUCCGCUUGGGAUUGGUGGCCCCACCAGAGCCCAAGCUGCGCAUUUCCAACCUAAUGCGUGUUCUGGGCUCGGAGGCCGUGCAGGACCCCACAAAGAUGGAGCAGCAUGUCCGCGAGCAGAUGGCCAAGCGGCAAAAGGCGCACGAGGAUGCCAACAAUGCCCGCAAGCUGACCAGCGAGCAGAAGAGCGAGAAGAAACAGCGCAAACUCAGGGAGGACACCAGCUGCGGAGUGCAUGUGAGCGUGUAUCGCAUACGCGAUCUGCAGGACAACCAGAGCAAGAAGUUCAAGGUGGAGACCAAUGCCAAGCAGCUGCAAAUGACCGGCAGCGUUGUGUUGUUUCGCGAUUGCUGUGUGGUCGUCGUGGAGGGUGGUCCCAAGCAGCAGAAGAAGUACCGCCGCCUCAUGCUAACGCGCAUCAAGUGGGAGGAGGACCUGGCGAAGGGCAACGACGGGCAGGACGUGCCCAACUCGUGUGUGCUCGUUUGGGAGGGAACUAGUCAGCGUCGCCACUUUGGCGAAAUCAAGUUCAAGAUCUUUCCCAUGGAAAAAAUGGCCCGCGAGUUCUUUCAGAAGCACCAGGUUGAGCACUACUGGGAUCUGGCAUACUCGGGGGCCGUGCUCGAGGCCUCCACGGAUCAGCAGUAGAAGGAGUCGCUGGAGAUGCGACGAAAAGCAUUCUAGGAAUUACAAGUAAAA